AUGGAACAGAACCUGGAACAGUACCUGGAACCCUGGAACCCUGGUAACCAGGCAGCCCCAUUCUAUAACUGCCCCUUCCCAUCUCACUCGGAUAGAGGCACUGUAGAGGACACCAUGUUUUCAUGUUGUCUCCCAGUGUGCCGAGGUCGAGGCCUCAAGAGAGGCAGCGAUGAGAGUAUUUGCCAACGUGCCCGCCGCUGGGUCCGGACUCAGUCCAGACGCCGGGUGUGGCCCUUCUCACGGCGGAACCCAAAGAGCUCAACCUAUGUUAAAAAGGAGCAGCAGCUGCUUGAGGAAAGCCCCUGUGACAUGGGCAGCAGUGAGGGCCCGGUGAGCCACACCACCGAGGGCCAGGACAGGCCUGAAGUGCGUGUGGCCACCUGGGCGUCUGGGGAGCCAGAGCCCGUGGAUGGACAACCAGGGACUCCUCCACCGAAGCUGCCCACGCUCUUCUGGCCUCCAACCCCGAAGCCGACCAGGUUCUAUAGGCCUCCAACCCCAAAGCAUCCCCGGUUCCACCGGCAGCGCAAAGUUUUCACCAGGGACCUGGACUACGGUGCCCAUGUCAACCAGACUGGCCAGGAGCACCUGAAGCCGAAAGAGGCAGAGCCCAAGGCACGAGCCCAGGAAGCAAAGGCGACACCUCCUGAUGCAGAGCUGGAGGCAUCUUCACCUCCAGAGUUCCUGCCACCUCCAGCAGCCUCUCGAGCUGCAGCUGUGGAGCCAGGGCCGGCCCCAGACAAACCCUCCCUGGAGCCCAUGCUGGCUCCUGCCUCAGAGGAGGAGCUGCCUGUGGAGGGCCCAGCUCAAGGGCCCCUUGUUGAAUGUGCUCAAGCUGUCAGAAGGGACAACCUUGUUUUUUUCCUUUUCUUUUCCUUUUUUGUUUUGUUUUUCUGUUCUCCAUGCUUUGGUUCAAUUUUUUAUCUUUUGAUGUUUAUUGUUUGGUGGCGGUUUUGGAGGAUUGUUGCUUUUAUCAUUUUAUUUUUUCUGUUCUUACCCUUCAUUUCCCCCAUUGUAUAA